AUGAAAUAAGAUUCUAAAAGACACAAAACAUUAUAUUAUAAGCUUUCUUCUGAACUCCGAUAAACCCUAAUACAUUUAAUUUGCUUAAAGGGUUUGAAAAUAAAAGAAGUUUGUAUUCAUUCUAUUUUUAGGCUGCAUAGUAAUUAAACAUCAAGUAUGCAAUGGCAAAAUCUAUAUUCUUCUAUUAUAGAAAUAACAUGAUUAGAUAUAAAUAAAGCUUAGAUUAAUCUAAAAGAUGCAUGUAUAGAACCAUAACAAAGGAGAUUAUAGUUUUUCGAAUAAUCAGCUAAAUUGCAGGUGAGUAUGUAAAUUCAAAAAUAGUACAAUAAACAACAACUUAGAUUUCUAUGUGA